AUGCAGCCCAUCACCCUCUACUCCCACCAAUACGGCCCCAACCCAUGGAAGGUGGCCCUCAUCAUGGAGGAGCUGCAAAUUCCCUACACGACCACCUUCGUCGACUUCGCGGACGUCAAGAAAGAGCCCUACACGCUCAUCAACCCGAACGGCCGCCUCCCCGCCAUCCACGACCCCAACACGGACCUGCACCUCUGGGAGUCCGGCGCCAUCACCGAAUACCUGAUCGAGAAGUACGACGUCAAGCACAAGAUCAGCCCUGCAGGGUUCGCCGAGAAGUACCACGCCAGACAGUGGCUGUAUUUCCAGGUCUCCGGGCAAGCACCCUACUACGGACAGGCAUCGUGGUUCAUCAAGUUCCAUCCCGAGAAGGUGCAGAGUGCCAUUGAGCGGUACCAGAAGGAAAUCCAUCGCGUGUGUGGAGUACUCGAGUCGGUGCUGAAGGAGCGGGACUGGUUGGUGGGUGAGAAGUGCACCUAUGCGGACCUGUGCUUCGUGGCCUGGCAGCGGUUUGCGCCUCGGUUUGGAGGCGAGGAUCUGUAUGAGAAGUUCCCGAAGGUUGGGGCGUGGAUGAAGAGAAUAGAGGCGAGGGAGACUGUGGCUAAGGUGUAUGCGGAUCAGGAUAGGGCUAUUGCAGAGGUCGAGGGCAAGAAAUAG